AUGGCUUUAGGUGUAUUGAAAUCCUAUCCGAAUAAUCCAGACGUCGCAAAGGCACAGAUCGCGGCGGCGUACAAUGACCUUGAGUUCGACUUUGAAGCUCUCCCCAUGGAUCAAACUAAAACGCCCGAAUAUCUAGCCAAGUUUCCUAUGGGCAAAGUGCCUGUCCUCUCUAGUCCGACUGUGGAUCUCUUCGAAUCGUCUGCGAUUGGUUACUACGCUGCAUCUGCCAAGGACAACUCGCCACUCUUGGGCUUGACGCAUGCCGAUAAGGCGUUGAUCAUGCAAUGGGUCAUGUUUGCACAGGCUGAACUGUCGAACCACAUUAGAGAGUGGGUGGCUCCCUUACGUGGCGUUCAUCCGUACUUGAAACCGGCUGUGGACACGGCCAUUGAGCGCGUGAAACGAGCUUUGGGUGCACUCAACUCGGCGCUUCAAACCAAGACGUACCUCGUGGGCGAAUCUGUCACUUAUGCGGACAUUUGUAUUGUUACCACACUCGUCCGCCUUUACACCAAUGUCUUGGAUAAGCCGUUGCGUGACCAGUACAAAAAUGUGACCCGAUACUAUACUACGUUGAUCAACAAGGACAAGUUCAAAAAGUACUUGGGUGACCUACCCCUGUGUGAGACGCCACUCAAGUAUAUGCCGCCCAAGAAAGAAAAGAAGCCUGCUGCUGCUGCUGAGAAAAAGAAGCAGAAGCAGAAGCAGCAGCAAUCUGAUGCUCCGAAGCAAAAGGACAAGGAGGAGGCGGCGGCUGCAUCUAAAGAAGAAGAGAAAGAAGGGCAGCCUAAACCUGCACCUAAACCCAAGUCCGCAUUGGAUUCGCUGCCUCCGAGCAAGCUCAAAAUGGACGACUGGAAGCGAAUGUACAGCAACAAUGAUACGGCGAUAGCAAUGCCAUGGCUGUGGGAGCACUUGGACGAUGGUUACAGCUUGUGGCGAGUCGAUUAUAAGUACAAUGACGAGUUGACCUUGGUGUUCAUGUCCAACAACUUGAUCGGAGGAUUUUUUGCUCGUUUGGAGCGUGCUCGCAAGUACGCCUUUGGCUCGAUGAUCGUCACUGGCACCAACAACAACAAUGCCAUCUCGGGUUAUUUCUUGAUUCGUGGUCAGGAGGUGCCUGAAGAAGUCUAUGAUGCAGCGGACUUUGAUUCUUACACGUUCACCAAGGUCGAUCCUUCGCAGUAUGACGAGAAAAAGGAUGAGAUUUUCAAGUACAUGGCUUGGGAAGUGGAUGGCUUUGCUGAUGGCAAGAUCUUCAAAUAA